UUAUUUAUAUUCCACCACUCUCCAUCAGGAUCUGGACAGUUAAUCAGUUAUUACAAGAGUCUGUUUCUGAGGUGCUGUGCUAGUAUACUGUUGAGCUUCAUAAUCAAACCGGUUUCCAUCGAAAUCAAUGGCCUGCGAUGCAUAGCGUGGCUACUUAAGCUCCUCCACCCCUACCCCCAGCGCAAUAAUUUAACACCAAGCAGAAGUUGGGAGGUAGCGGAGGAGAAUAGUUCACCCCCAACUAAACACUCCACAGAAUCAGAAGUUGAUCCAGCAACUCGUGCUCAGUUCCGCCGAAACCCAAGGCUACACCGUCCGAUAGGAACGGCCGUGCGAUCCCUGCCGUCCAGCGCAACUACCCCCAUGUCCCUGGGGCUCCCCACUCCGUCCAACGACAAGGCCGCAGCAGCAGCGAGUCCACAACACAAUGGCUGACCACGCGGGGGCCGCCCUCCCAGCACACAAAAGCCUACCUACCCAACGUCCCAACGGAGCGAGAUGAGGCGUGUCCCCCCUCCCUCCUCACCUGUAGUAGGAGGCCAGGAGGCUGUGGCUAUUUAUCCACGUCCCCGCCUGCGCGCACCCACCCCACCCCACUCACUCGGGGAACCGCUCCACCAACGCGCGCGCAGAGGCACGUACCACCACUACCGCAGCAGGCAGUAGCACCAGCGCGGGAGCAGGGACCACCACCACCCGGCGGCAGCAGAGGUAGGCGAGCAUGGGCGUGCUUCGGAGCACGCAGAGCCUUCAGGCGGAGGUGGACGAGCUGCGCGCCGCGCUCGGCCUGUCAGGCGGCGGCGGGCACGGCGAGGCAGCGGCGGGCGGCGGGUGGCGCCGCUCGGCGGGCCGGGGCCACGCGGACGCCAAGCGCGCGCCCGGGGGCGACGCCGGCGCCGGGGCCGCGGCGCGCGCCGUCUGCGUCACGGGCGGCAUCUCCUUCGUCGGGUUCGCCGUCGUCGACCGCCUCCUCCGCCACGGCUACACCGUCCGCCUCGCGCUGGAAACGCAAGAGGACAUGGACAAGCUGCGGGAGAUGGAGAUGUUCGGCGAGGACGGCAGGGACGGGGUGUGGACGGUGAUGGCCAACGUGAUGGACCCGGAGAGCCUGCACCGCGCCUUCGACGGAUGCGCCGGCGUGUUCCACACCUCCGCCUUCGUCGACCCCGGGGGCAUGUCCGGCUACACGAAACACAUGGCAACGUUAGAAGCCCAAGCAGCGGAGCGGGUGAUUGAAGCCUGCGUCAGGACGGAGUCCGUCAGGAAAUGUGUCUUCACCUCUUCCUUGCUGGCAUGUGUGUGGAGGCAGAACUACCCUCAUGACCGGCGGUGCCCUACCAUCAUCGAUGAGAGCUGCUGGAGCGACGAGAGCUUCUGCCGCGACAAUAAGCUGUGGUUUGCACUUGGCAAAACGGCAGCAGAGAAGGCUGCCUGGAGGGCAGCGCGGGGACGAGACCUGAAGCUGGUCACCAUCUGCCCGGCGCUCGUCACCGGCCCUGGAUUCCGGCGCCGCAACUCCACCGCGUCCAUCGCCUACCUCAAAGGGGCUCGUGCCAUGCUCGCCGACGGCCUGCUCGCCACGGCGAACGUGGAGACGGUGGCCGAGGCGCACGUCCACGCGUACGAGGCGAUGGGCGACAACACCGCCGGCGGGAGGUACAUCUGCUACGACCACGUGGUCAAGCGGCCGGAGGAGUUCGCCGAGCUGGAGCGGCAGCUGGGGCUGCCGGGAGGGGCCACGGCCGCGCGGGGCUCGGACGACGACCGGCCGGCCAGGUUCGAGCUCUGCAAGCGGAAGCUGUCCAGGCUCAUGUCCUCCAGGAGGAGGUGCACGUACGACACCUACUACUCCGUCGCGUUUGACUAGCUAGCUCAGGCGGCGAAGGCUCUGCAGGGCCUGAUGCAUUGCCAUGAAAGGGGAAACCGCUGGCACUGACGAAGGGACGAGCAAUCAUCGCAGCAAGGGUUGACUACACCAGCCUGCAACUGCCAACUGCAGCCGGUGGCUCAUUGACAAGUGGCCACCGGAAGCGAAGCAAUGGCAGAGCUCCGCAUCACAAUCAUCUUGUGAACGAGAAGGAGCAAGGAGAGCCAACAAGUGUGUGUCCAAUGCCAAUGAUGUACUACCGGGUGCAAUUUUGUACAGAGUUUUGAUGCAACAAUAAAGGUGAGUCAACCAAAGGCAGCGCGCAUCACAA